GUGUGCGUACUAAAUGGAAUCAGGUAGCUAUGAGCUACGCACUGAGGACUGUCUGUGGUUGAACUGCGGAGGUGUGCUGAUAACAAAUCUGCCAAAACUAUCAGUGACUUUGUGACAAUACCUCUGCAGCAGAGCCAACCUGACGCUGAAUAAAUCACACCUAGGAGUUUGGUCAGACCAAAGCCUAGUGUUUGGCUGGCUUCGAGUAUGGCUCUGUCAUUCCUUUUGGUCUUGGCUGCAACUGUGAUUCUUAUCAGACCCGAGACACCUGUAACAAAGGCUUUACAUCAGAACUCGCUUGAGUGCUGCGGCGAGAAACAGAGAGCGAACAAUUCAUGUUCGAAUGACACCCACUGUGAACCAGGAUGCUUCUUGCGUGUCCUUGAGAACAGCAACACUGUUUGCAUAUUCUGUGACUCAGCAGCUGUGGACCUGGAGAACAUAACAGUCUGCACCUACAACUAUACAGUGGAGAGAAAGAAUCACACAACCGUAACUACUGUCAUUCCUAAAAUUGGAGGGCCGGGUGUGGCGGCUUCUCUUCUUCUGGGAACACUGUUGAUCAGCCUGUUCCUGAUCCUCUCUGUUGCCUCCUUUUUCUACCUCAAACGCUCCAACAGACUCCCAAACAUCUUCUACCGCCGCAACAAGGCCUUCAUAUUCCAACCAAGUGAAACAGCUGUCAUGAUCCCCUCCUCGACAGUGAGGAAGCCAAGAUAUGUCAGAAGGGAGCGGCCCUCUGCGACAUCACCACUGAGUAGUGCCGCCGUGCCCACCACAUCCACCACCCAGGUUUAUGAUGUGUAGUUAGAGGAGGAGGAGGAGGAGGGGGUGGAGGAGGGAGGGAGUGCCAGUGCAGGUAGGAGAAAACACUCAGGAAAGAUGUUAGAUUUUCUUCUUAUCAUGUGAAGGUUCAGCAGUGUGAAGGAAGACCAGGUGACUCGUACGUAGGUGGCCAUAUUUAACUGUAGCUGCUUCUGCUGCAUUCUCAUCACUAGGGCUGUUUCUUUUUCUCUACUUAACAACAGGGUGGUAUUGGAAAAAGUAUCCACCAAUAACCUGUUAAACCUUCUUGACACAGUCUCGAGGAUUCAUAUUCAAUGUGUUUUUCACUCAAAUAAUUUCAGUAUUUCUCUGUAAAUUUGAAACGUCACAGCUCAGUUUGUAUUUUCUUCAUACUCAUGCAGCGCUUCAGGAUUACUUCUUUUUUUUGUUUUUACGUCUAAACACUGUUAAUCAGUUUUUAUCUGCUGUUUGACAGAGUGUGUUUUAGAUGACUUGAAUUGAUGGGUUUCCUGAACAUGUGGACCUGUCUGGUAAAGGAAUAGUUCGACAUUUAGGGAAAAAGCUCUAAAGCUCACUAAUUAAGAAGGUAUAUCUUUGUAUAAAAACCAAAGUGGGAAAAACCACAACUCCACAUCGUACGGGCCGGACUAUUCCGGCGAAUUAAUGUUUUUCCACAAACAAGAUAUAAAGUUGUGGUUGGUGAGCUUUAGAAGUGCUGGAAGGCGGAUUUUGUUACCUUUAGACGGAGCCAGGCCAGCUGUUUUCCCAUGUUUUCUAGUCUUUAUGCUAAGCUAAGCUAACUGGCUGCUGUCGAUAGCCAUAUUUUUAACAGAUCCGAGAGAGGUAUCGCUCUUCUCAUCUAACUCUCUGCAAAUAAGCGUAUUUCCUAAAAUGUCAAACUAUUCUUAUAAAGAUAAUAUUUAAUAGAGAUGGUUGAGCGACAGUGAUUUUUCUUGUGAAUCUUUUUUUUUGGGGGGACAAAGUGACAGCCCAGUGACAUUUCGUGUUUGCUAAAUAGGAUGUUAUUUACAUGUGUGAUAUUUAUUUACAUUUUGUAACACUGAGUUUUACUGAUUACAAUCAGACCAAGAGAAUAAAUGAUGUGUCCAAUAGCAGCAGAGUUCUUCUGGUGGACCUGGACAUUUUAGGGAGAGUUACUAAAGGCACUGUGCAGAUGAUUGUUUGAUUGCUCUUUAUGUUUUUAUUAUUGCAUUUUAUUUAUUAUUUUUGUGAGCUUAACCAAGGUGAAUGUAUUGCACAUGUACAACAGAUCAUGCGUCGCAUCAUAAAUUGCAUUCCACAACAUGAAAGAGGUGAAGUCAUAUUCAACAAAAGGAAUCAUAUUUUCAUAGGAAGGUCUGUAAUCUGACAACACAUUUUUAAAAUGUCAAUUUUGUUUCAUGAAGUACAUUUAAAUUCCAAUAGAUUUCUCUCUCAAAACAUAACCUUACUGAAUCCUCGUGCACUUUAUUUGUCUGAGGUCAUCUAACUAAAUAAGAAAUACUCGAAACAACUAGUGUGAUUGAGAUAUUUAUUUUUUGUAUCGAUGGAAACAUUAUUGUUGCAUUACUUGACUACUAUUAACUUUUUGCCAAAUGUUGUCUGAAGAAAAUGGCUUUUACUGUUUGCCAUUACUGUGAUUACUGUGCCAUUAUGAGCUUUAAAUGCAGCCAGGAAACCUUUAAUCAUGAUAUGAUGAAUAAUUGGGUAUUUUAAUUAUAUCCAGUGGCCUUUACUGUACACUAUUCUAAAACAAGGCUAGAUAUUAAAUAGAUUUAGUUGCUAUUUAAUUACAUAUAGUUUUGUAUCUUGACAACACUAAAGCUGUCUUCAGUAAAUGUGAAGCAACAUGAAGUGAACGAGAUAAAAAGGCAGCAAUCAUUCCAUGAAUAUUCCCCUUUUUGCUUAAUGUGUUUGCUGUUGUACAGACAACCAUGAGCUGAAACCAUGUACAUAUUGUUUUAUACAAAUGAUGUAUUGUUUUUGUAAUGAUGUAUAUAUUCUAGUUUUAAUGCCAUGAAGAAUGUUCUGAAGAUGUAUGUAAUGUUCGGAGAAAUAAAGCACCUUUCCAUAACCAUUGUUUCCCUCCGUGCAGUUAUAUGAAAUCUCACGCUGCUGUUUUGGUGUGUGUGACACUAUUUAGUUUAAAGUUCAUAUUGUUCAAAGACACAUUUUAAUAAUUGUAAUAUGUUUCUUUUGUCAUUCAUGCUGCUAAUAAUAAAAAAUGCCUCACUGUG